CUAAUUGAGAAUUGAUUAUUCCUUCGAGGAAAAAACAUAGACUGCACGUUAUCUGGCAAGACUAAAACUACUAGGAGUCAAAUCAUUCUCGUUUAAUACACUCCAAGCAAAUAACCUUUCAGAAAAAUGCAAGGCCCCAGAUCCAAGAGUUUCACUUCUCACAGAUACAGAUUAGGAGUCCUGCUGGUGUUACAAAAGUAAGCUUCUUCUUCAAUGGCUUUCAACACCAUGAUCAUCACCCUCAUCCUCUUUCUAUCUUCCUAUGUUCACAGCUCAAACUCCCAAGAAACCUGGAUUAGAGCAGGUUACUGGGAUUCCGUCAGUGAACUGCCCGUUUCUAAUAUCAAUUCUGCUCUUUUUACUCACCUUGUAUGUGCCUUUUCUCGUAUAAAUUCUUCUACUUAUCAUAUUCAUAUUAACUCUUCCAAAGAAUCCUACUUCUCUACCUUCACAGGCACUGUCAGGGUUAAGAACCCUUCAGUUAAAACCCUUCUAUCCAUCUUGGCUAGGAGAGGGGGUCUUCCAGCUUUUUCCUCAAUGAUAAAUCAGUCUUCAUAUAGAAAGUCUUUUAUCGAGUCCUCGAUAUAUACAGCGAGGCUUUAUGGUUUUGAUGGCCUAGACCUUUCGGUUGGGCCAAGUAUGAGCAUCAACAUGACCAAUCUAGGAAUCCUUUUCGAUGAGUGGCGAGACGCUAUAGCUUCUGAUUCAAGAAAAUCUGGCAAGUCACAGUUGCUCUUGGUAAUGUCAGCUACUCACUCGCCUGCUCAGCACUCGGCUACUUAUCCUAUAGACAUCAUGAAAAGGACCUUAGAUUGGAUACAUCUUAUUGCAUAUGACUAUCAUGUGCCUGCAGAAUUUAAUUUUACUGGUGCACAUGCUGCUUUGUAUGGCACUUCAAAUUGGGUUAACACCGAUGAAUGGAUAAAGGAAUGGUUAAGAGGAGGAUUAUCUGCUAGCAAACUGGUUUUGGGUUUGCCUUACCAUGGUUAUGCAUGGAGACUGGUGAACCCCAACGAAAAAGAGUUUGGGGCACCCUCCUCGGGUCCAGAUGUAACAAUUGAUGGUUCCAUGGGUUAUAAGAAUAUUAAAUCUUUCAUUCAAGGUUAUGGCUAUGGAGCUGCAGCAGUGUACAAUUCUACCUAUGUUACGAAGCUUUUCGUUGUUGGGUCGACUUGGAUCAAUUUUGAUGAUGUGGAGACUAUCAAGGCUAAGAUUUCUUAUGCAAAAGAAAACAAUCUUAGUGGUUACAGCGUAUUUCAGCUCUCUAAUGACGAUAAUUGGAUUCUUUCUCGAGCAGCUCAGGGAAAAGAUGAAGAUGGGCAGAACAAGAGGAAGGUAUUGGUAACUAUUCUGGUUACGAUUGCUGUGGUCUUUCUCGUGUUGGGCACCAUAAUUUGUUGUUACUUUAGAAGGAAAAAACUCGGCUCAAAAGUUGGUUCUUUGAUUUGUUUCAUGGUAACAGAAAUUGCUGGGAGUGUCCAAAAAUCACUAUCUGCAGUGAAAAUCGAAGUAUCUGCUACUAGAGUUAUUAAUAGCGAUGCUCCAAAUCUGCAAGCACUCAGUUUUGAUACGAUUGCUGUGGCUACUAAUAACUUUUCGAGUGAAAACAAACUUGGAGCAGGUGGAUUUGGCUCUGUCUACAAGGGUAAACUACCUAACGGAAAGGAAAUAGCAGUGAAGAGACUAUCAAAAACUUCGACUCAAGGAGAAGAGGAGUUCAAAAAUGAGGUCACACUUACAGACAAGCUUCAACAUGUGAAUAUAGUUACAGUUUUGGGAUUUUGCACCGAGAGGGAAGAAAAGAUGCUGAUAUACGAGUACAUGCCGAACAAGAGCUUGGAUUUCUACAUCUAUGAUCCAAUCAGAAGAUACAUGUUAGAUUGGAGAAAACGCGUUCAAAUCAUUGAAGGUCUUACUCAAGGGCUUCUAUAUCUCCAAGAAUACUCAAAUUUUACCAUUAUUCAUCGAGACAUAAAGAGUAGCAACAUUCUAUUGGAUGAGGAAAUGAACCCUAAGAUAUCAGACUUUGGUAUGGCUAGGCUCUUCAGGAAAGAUGAACUCGAAGCAAACACAAGCAGGAUAGUUGGAACAUAUGGUUAUGUUCCCCCUGAAUAUGUAAGAAAAGGCAUAUACUCCAUGAAAUAUGAUGUUUACAGCUUUGGAGUUCUACUCCUGCAAAUCAUAAGUGGCAAGAGGAGUACAUGUUACUAUGGUGCAGACGAAAACUGGAACCUUCUUGAAUAUGCAUAUGAAUUAUGGAAAGAUGGUGAAGGCGUGGAGUUUUUCGAUCCAUCGCUAGACGAUUCCUUUUCAUCAUGUAAACUCACAAGAUGCCUGCAAGUUGCUCUAUUAUGCGUCCAAGAAAAUCCUUUGGACAGGCCAUCUAUGUUAAAAAUUUCUUCGAUGCUAAAAAAAGAAAAUGCACCUAUCGCCUCUCCAAAAAGGCCUUCUUUUUCAACCAAAAGAGAUGAAGAGGAGGACAGUGUUAUCAGGAAUAAAAUUUAUUCUGUGAAUGAUGCAACAAUAUCUGACUUGGAACCUCGCUGAAGUAGAGGCUUUCAUGAACAGAACUCAAGAGUCUCUCGUUUUUUCUUCCUGGUUGAACUGAUUAUAUGUAUUCUUUCUAAGUUAUUAUGAUAGAUCCUAUUGUUUUAUAUCUUAAUGAUUGUUGGCUACCAAAAAGGGUCCAUCUUUUACAACAAUGUAAGAUCAUUUACUUGUACAUAUGAAACCAACCUGCAUUUUAGUCAA